AUGACCACUCCACUACUGAUGUUUGUUCUUCUGACUCUACCCUGCUACAGCGCACAUGGGCAGGUUAAUCAUUUUGGAAUUCCAGUUUCUGCCCAUGUUGAGAAUUUCUAUGGCACGUCUCCCAGAGAUCAAAUCUGUGGCGGGCUGAAUUAUGGAUUUCUAGAUUACACCUGCUGUGAAGGAGUACUUCAUAAAGGGGCGGGGCUGUCCUGCUGUGGAAACAAGGCCUUUAACCUGACCCAGGCUUCCUGUUGUGAAGGCCAGCUGACACUGAAUGUGAGCCAGUUGGUAUCAGAUUGCUGUGGGUGUAGGGCCUAUGACCCACUCAACCAGCUGUGCUGUGACACACGGAUCCUAAUCAGGACCCAACCCCAUGACAAGUGUUGUGGAAAAGAGCUUUACAAUGAAGACGACCAGCUUUGCUGUGGAAAUGUUGGAAGGAAGGUCCUGACUAAAAUGUCCAUUCACCACAUGUGCUGUGGAGACCACCAGUUUGACUGUCAAAGCCACUGCUGCUGCUUCGAUUCUGAACAACUAUCCCCAGAGCAUCUCAAUGCAAGCUGCUGUGCAUCAUCAGGGUUUAAUCACAGCGGAAUUGCUCAGAGUUCACCAAACUGUAUGCCUGGGGAGAAGCCCUGUGGUCAAGAUGCCUGUUUUAACCCAACAACAGAGCGUUGCUGUGUGAACCCUACAUCUCUCCAGGGGCAGCGUUACUCCCACCACCUGACCUGCUGUGAGGGAACACUCAGCCACACCCCAGGUCUCCACGAUGGUGCUAGCUGUGGCUCUCAGGUUUACAAUCCAGAGAUCAAGAUCUGCUGUGCCGGGCAGCUGUCCAAUAGGGUGCUUGGAGACAACCUGUGCUGCGGUAAAACUCCCUAUGGUGUAGUGGACCGAGGGGUGCUGUGCUGUAACCAGACCUUGCACCGUGGGGUGGAGGAUGGGCACCGGUGCUCCCCAGGUGGCCACUUGUAUCUGCCAUCCCGUGAAAUGGUGUGUGGGUCACGUGUUCAUCUCGAUGAUCAAGGCAAACACUGCUGUGGAGAGGAGACAUACGACCCUCAGAAUGAAAUCUGCUGCAACGGACUCAAACACAGCAGGAGGGGGAACAUGUCCUGCUGUGGAGGGAAGGCUUAUGAUCCCAGCAGUGGCAAGGUGAAGUGCUGUGCAGGGACUCUGUACAACCUGCAGGUUCAGGACAGGCUCUCAGAGGAGACCCAUUGCUGUGGGAAUGUCCUGAUGGAGGCCGGCUCCACCCAGACCUGCUGCUCUGCCCCAGGGCUAGACCUGCUCUACCCUACCCAGCCAGGGUUCACCUGCUGUGGGCACCGCUACCCCAACUCCUCCCUGUGGUCUUGCUGCGCGGGGGUCCUGCACCCAAGGCCUGAAUCACACACCACCAGCAAGAACAUGAUUCCAGGACCUAGGCUUCUACCACUGGGGGGCCUGAAGACGGAAGAUCUGUGUCACACCAGAGUUCUGCUAGGGACAGUGGAGAGUGUGUCUGUGAAGAUGAACAAGCGGUCCAUCGUGAUGGUGAACACCAUGUUCAUGCAGGCCUCGCGUGGCCAUGUCAGCGCCCUGCCUUCCCCUCACUACCUCACAUUACCCGACCACUGCAGCUUCCCUGAACUGGUGCCGGGCAACACUUACAUCUGGAUGAAAACAAGACAUUCCUCAGACAUCAUAAGAUUCAUUUCUGAUCUCAGCGAUCAUUCCUCCCCUCUCCAUUCCAUCCUUUCCUUGUGCUCAAAAUGAUACAUUUAACCAUGUUUUGAGGCUAUGCAGUGUUUGUUUAUAAUUACAUUGUUUACAAACAAUGGCUUAAAAAAACACUUUCAUUUUGGGUUAUGAUGUGGUAGGACAGUUUAACUAAGCUCGUGAGGCAUACGUUAUAUUCUUCAAGAAUAAAUUGGUAUAUAAUUAAAUCACAGAUUGCCUCUUUAAGCUAUCAGUAGCUGUUUAAGCAAUUUUUAUUUGCUUUCAAAAAACGACAAUGUUUAAGGUGUCUCGAGUCACAUCUCAGGAUAAGCCAUAUUUGAUUAUGUUUGUCUGGGUAGUGUUUUCUGUUAUAUUAUCACAAAAGUUCCUUUAAUGUUAAUGCAAUUUAAUAUUGACAAGAUCCUCCUGUGUAGUUCUGGGCUGAUUCCUCACCGCUCUCAUGAUCAUUGCAAC